ACUCCUGUCGCUUCCAUAUACAUGCAGGAUCUCACAGUACUUAACGGUCACGGAAAGCAUGAGCACCCACGCAGCCGAUUCAACCAUCAAGAUAGAACCUAGGUCUGAAGCUGACCCACUAAGAAUCGGCACCCCGUUACCUUUAGGUCAGGUCUCCUCCAAGUCAGCCUAUAUCCACCCAUCGUCAUUAGCAAAAGCCCCAACACACGCCAAAAUAUACUUCCAAGAUGACUGUCUAAAUCACCGAUUUAUUCGCUCACGAGAUACCUCAAGCAUCGUGGAGCGACCCGAACGUUUACGUGCCGUCAAGAUUGGACUCGCUGCUGCCAUAGCGCGUAUUGAAGAGGCCGAAGGUGUUCUGAAACCCUCAGAUACAGACAUUUCUGUAGAGGAUGAGCUGGCUGCUGCUCUCGGCAAUAUGGAUAUAGCUACAUCCGACGGUGGACUUAUUCGAGCUCGAAGUAUUUCUGUUACAAGAAGUACGGCUACCGUCGAUCUCUUAGAUAACGCUGCGGUGAAAUACGUUCAUGGAGAUAUAGAUGGUGAUGUCUAUCUCCAGACCUUGAAGGCAUGGGCUCGAGAUAGCGAAGAUAAUAUUACCAAGAAGGGGUCUGAAAUGCCGGAGGGGAUGCCACCACUUGACCUGUAUCUAUGUCCCUCCUCAAUCGAUGCUAUCCAGGGCGCGAUUGGCGCCGUAUGCCAAGCAGUCGACGCAGUCAUUGCGUCUACUGGCACGAAUCCUUCUAUCGUAGCUACCGAGCCUCGACGAGCAUUUGUAGCAGUGAGACCACCUGGCCACCAUUGUGGUGAAGAUACCCCAUCUGGAUUCUGUUUUGUAAACAAUGUGGCGAUUGGCGCAGUUCACGCACACCUGAAAUACGGAAUUCAACGUGUUGUCAUACUGGAUAUUGAUUUGCACCAUGGAAACGGCACGCAGUCGAUAGUAUGGCAAAUCAAUGAAGAAACAUACCGACAGACGCUAGAAUCCGAACAGUCGCCAUCCGAGCCCAACGCACCUCCCUCAACUCGCGGUCCUCAGAUAUUCUACGGCUCAAUACACGAUGUUCUCUCUUUCCCGUGCGAGGACGGUAAGAUGUCUUUCGUUCAAGCUGCGUCAACCUCGAUAAACGGACCACAUGGACAAUACAUCGAGAAUAUACAUCUGCAAACCUACAGCUCUGAAGUAUACUUUUGGGAAGUCCUUUACAAAGAACAAUAUUCAACGCUUCUUACGAGAGCAUCGCAAUUCCUUGACAGUACCGGCGGACCAGGCGAUGAUGUCAUGGUCUUCAUAAGUUGUGGUUUUGAUGCUUGUGAACACGAGUAUUCAAGUAUGUCUCGUCAUAACCGAAAGGUCCCCACAAGCUUCUAUCAUCGAUUCACUCUCGAUACAUGCACUUUUGCCGAUGUUUAUGCUCGUGGGCAUGUCGUGAGCGUGCUUGAAGGCGGGUACAGCGAUCGUGCGCUGAGUAGCGGGGCAAUGGCACAUAUAUGUGGGCUCAUUGGGGAUACCGUACAAGUGGAUGAGAGGUGGUGGGACUUGGAAAACCUAAUCAAGCUCGAGAAAGCCACAAAGGCCCGUAAAUUCGGGCACCCUUCUCUAGGAGACACCGAUCCUGAGCCAUGGCUUACACGCACCUCAGAACUGCUUUCCCGUCUCGAUGUCUACCGAACCCCACCACAGCAUUCACGGAAUUGGGUCCCACCGACAUCGAGGACGCUGCGCGAGCGGAAGAAGCUUUCGAGAAACAGCAGCACACCAGACGUGGCUAGUAAGCCUGGCAAGGAUACGCAGGUACCAGUGCCCGUGUCCAGUACUAGUUCGUCAACUUCUGUAUCUGUGCCCGAGAGUGAGGCUGUGAACCCUCUCACUGCGAAGAAGCUGCCUCGAGUGAUUUUGCAUGUCAGGCGGCCCGAUGGCACAUCGUAAUGGUGGUGUAUGUGAUAUCGUACUGAUUGUUGGAAGCUUUUUUAUAUAUCUAAUGCGUACUUGUUGAUGCGAAUGUUGAUAUUUCUUUAGUAGCUCGUUCGAACUUUGCGCAGAUCCUGUCGAUUAUACCUUGGCCUCAAUUGCGAUCACUGUAGAUCAUCGUUCGUCUACGGAUGACAUGCUGGUGUUGAUGGUAAUCUAAUUUUUCAUCCGCGAACAUGCUGGAUCACGGUCACAUGGGUACCAGGCGUUCGCAUAUUUUAACUAUUACUCAUCGCAAUAAAUCUGUCAAAAAUC